AUGCAAUACAUCGUCAUCAUCACUCUAUUCGCCUGCGUUGCGUGCGCUCGCUUAGACCACCUUCAGUAUUUACCUCCCACCGACCAACAGGAAGCAAUCCAACCUGACACUUCAGCAAAUGCACUCAAUGAGCCGUUUGAUGGGUCUUCUGCGAGAUUCCAAGUAUCUCCCGAACAUCAACACAUUAAUCAGUUCCAAACUCCUUCUGGACCCGAACCGACAGUCAAUCAACAGCUUACUGGAGACGAAGUUAAAGUCGCUGCCAAUCAACUUCUAAACACUGAAAAAGCUUCUGACCAACCCUCGAACAACGAGGGACAAUUUUCUAUCAGACCAAAUCACUUCCCAGCUGAGUUCCAGGUCCAAUCCGUAGAAGAUUCACCACAUCAAGGACCGGAAAUCUUUGAGAAUCAACCCCAAACUGCGUCCCAGCUGAGUCACGAAUUAAGGGUACCCGAAACCAAUACCGUUGGAGUAACGAACGAGUUUGCCAAGUCAGCCGAGCGAUUUACUUCCACAGGUAGCCACCAGGUGCCGAUUUUGAGGCUAGAAAGCGAAAAUUUAGGUGACGGAACAUACCGUUACGUCUACCAGACUGGUGACGGCAUCUCGGCUGAAGAACAUGGCGAUGCUAGAGAAGGCGGCACCAAAGCUGUUGGUUCCUUCGGUUACACUUCACCUGACGGUCAGAAAAUUGAGCUGUCGUACGUCGCGAAUGAGUACGGUUUCCAGCCACGAGGAUCUCAUUUACCCACUCCACCACCCAUACCGGAAGCCAUACUUAGGGCACUGAAGUACAUCGAGGCGGAAGAGAUGCGAAGACAGAAGACGGCUGAACGGCUGACCGAUCUGGAGGCGACCGAACGAAUUAGCUAUGAUGGAGAAAAUGGAGAAAACAGCGCUAAUGGAUACCGUGAGUUCCCGGUAGAAGCCGGUAGAUCUCUAAGUGGGGUGGAAAAUCAACCGGCACUCAAUUUUGAUGUACCAAGAUCAACCGAUAAGGAAGCUAGCAAGCACGGCCAGGGAGAUUUGCAAACAAUAGUCGGACACGAGAAGAAAAAUAAGUUUAGCGUCCAAGACAGUGGUUACAAGUAUUGA